CGAUUGGAAGAGUGACCUGGACAGCUUCUUCGACAUCGAUCCUGUCCGAGGAACCAUCUCCACCAAUGAGCUUCUGGACAGGGAGAGUAUAGCCCAGCACAACAUUUCAGUUGUGGCCACUAAAGUUAAUAACCCAGUGCUGACCAGCAGAGUGGCUGUCACAGUUCAUGUGCUGGACAUUAAUGAGUUUCCACCAGAGCUGGCCAUGCCUUACGAGACCUUCGUGUGUGAGAGCGCCAAAGUCGGCCAGGUGAUUCAGGUCAUCAGCGCAAGAGACCAGGAUCUUCCUCAAGCUGGACAGAGGUUUUCAUUCAAAUCCCCUCAGGAGGGAGUGAAGACCAAAAACUUCACCAUCAGAGACUUUGGAAAUAACACUGCCGGUGUGGUGACCUUGCGUGGCGGCUUCAAACGGCGCUCUCAGGAGAUCUACCAUCUUCCAGUUUUGAUUGAGGAUGGUGGCCUCCAGACUUUGAGCAGCACCGGCACUCUCACCAUCCGCGUGUGCGGCUGUGACACCGAUGGAUCUUUAUUAACGUGCAGCGCUGAAGCCAUUUUCCUCCCUGUGGGCCUCAGUACCGGAGCCCUGAUCGCUAUUCUGGUGUGCAUCGUCAUACUGCUGGUGAUCGUGGUUCUCUAUGUUGGGGUUCGGCGGCAGAAGAAGAAAGAGACUCUCAUGACGUCCAAAGAGGACAUCCGUGACAAUGUCAUCCAUUAUGACGACGAAGGAGGGGGCGAGGAGGACACGCACGCCUUCGACAUGGGCACCCUUCGCAACCCCAAAGUCAUUAAGGAAAACCUGUUUCGUCGAGACGUUAAGCCAGAGUUGGGUUUGUGCCCACGGCGGCCAAUAGCCUCGCAGAACAGCGCUGACAUCAGCAACUUCAUCAGUCAGCGACUGCAAGAACAUGAUGGUGACACUUCCGCCCCGCCGUACGACUCGCUGGCCACGUACGCCUACGAGGGCGAAGGCUCGGUGGCCGACAGUUUAAGCUCUAUAGAGUCUGUAAAGGGUGAACCGCAGGAGGACUACGAUUACCUCAACGAGUGGGGGCCUCGCUUCAAAACCCUCGCAGGGAUAUUCGGAGAACGAUCAGAGAGCCAAUCAGACGUAACAUCCAGCACCACCACUGAAAACAAACACUGAUGUUUUUUAUUUUAUUUGUUGUUGUUUCUUUUACGUUUUUUACACUGGGUUUGAAACGAACAUAGUUGUGUAUUUAACAUUUACUUUUUUUUUUCUAGAUUCGUUAAAUUACUUUGUAGUUGUUUUAUUUUUCACCUUUUUCUUUUAGUUUGCCUUGAUUUCACGCUCAAAACGAGAGGAUGAAGGAAGCCAGAAUAAAAUGCAGCCUUUGGAUUAUCUCUUUAUUUCGUCACCCUUCUUAAGGACAAAUGGCGCCGCUAACCGAAUUUGACCGCAACCUGGAUUCCGAGCUUCGGUGGAAAGAGUUUUGAGGAGAUGUCUACAUGGGCCUCGUUUGGCCAAAGAUAUUUUUUUGAAUGUUAUUUAUGAUUCUAUUUAUUUAUGUGUGAGGCUUUUGAGACGGUUGUACUGUUUUGUUAUGUAUUUAUCUAUUUAUCCUGAUUUGAAAUCGACUAUGAAUUUCUUAUUUUUUUGAAGACGCGAGGAUUUUCAUAAUUAUUUGCUCCUCACGAGGACAUGGACGUUGUCGUCCCAAGAGGAACUUGUAUAGACUUGUAAAAAAAAGAAAACUUUAGGGCUGAACAUGAACUAUUACAGUUGAGUCCUGUAAUAAACACAGUUUUCUUAAAUAAACACCACAAAAAACAAAAAACAAAAAAAAAACACUGCUUGAACAUGUUCCAGGUUUUGGUAAAUUCU